AAAGGCGGAAAUGCACCAAGAAGCUACAAAUCAAAUGAGGAGGAAGCCGAAGAAGAAGAAAAAGAAGAGGCCGCAGAAGAAGACGCCGACGUCAAGUCCUGUUAGACCAGGAGCGGGAAGUUUGCUAGUCCCGCCGCAGUCGAGGCAGCUCGGAUCCGGUUACGGUUGGUCGGUGGUUUUGGUCCUUUGCUUCAUUUGUAAUGAAGUCCGCCACCCGCUGACCAUAAACUACUGAACGGGCGUCCCUUAAAGCUCCGAUGGCAGGAAAAGGCAGAGCUCCAGCCAAGAGGAAGUUGGCAAAUGAGUUACCGCCAGGGGAAGUACUCACAGAUACCAGAAAGAAGCUGUGGAAGCUUGGGGCUCCGAUUGGCCAGGGAGGAUUUGGCGUCUUAUACCUGGCUGAUGAGGAUUCUCCAAAAGCUGUUGGCGAUGAUGCUCGCUUUGUCAUCAAAGUGGAGCCAUUUGACAGUGGACCACUCUUCUGUGAGCUCCGAUUCUACAUAAGAGCAGCUAAACCUGAACCAAUUAAGAGCUGGAUGAAGGGCCGUCGUUUGAAGUAUUUAGGAGUUCCCAGAUACUGGGGCUCAGGUCAUCACGACAGAGGAGGCAAAAGGUACAGGUUCAUGGUGAUUGACAGGCUCGGGACCGAUCUUCAGCGGAAGUUGGAGGAAAAUGGAAAGCGGUUCCCGAGAAAACUGACUCUGCAAAUUGGUCUCCGACUGCUGGACAUCCUUGAAUACAUCCAUACUAAUGAGUACGUGCAUGCAGACAUCAAGGCAUCCAACCUGAUGUUGGGCUUCAGUGAUCCCAACCAGGUUUAUCUGGCAGAUUAUGGGCUAGCGUAUCGGUACGCACCGGAAGGCUCUCAUAAAGACUACAAGGAGGAUCCUAAGAAGUGUCAUGAUGGCACUAUCGAGUUCACAAGCAUCGAUGCCCACAAAGGAGUAGCUGCUUCAAGGCGGGGUGACCUGGAGAUCCUUUGCUACUGCAUGGUUCAGUGGCUGUGUGGUUCCCUUCCCUGGGAAGACAAGCUUCAGGACCCACUCUACGUCAGAGACUAUAAAAUCCGGAGUCAAAAAAGCAUCUCUGACUUCAUGGCCCAAUGUUUCCCAUCUCAAGACAGACCAGACGAGCUACAGAGGUUCAUGGAGGAAGUGAAAUCUCUAGGUUACCAGGAAACGCCUCGAUACGAUAAGCUGCGCUCCAUUCUCGAGGCUGGACUGACGAGUAUCCAAGCGAGAGAUGACGGCACGCUGGACUUCACCGCUGGAGUGCCGUCAUCAGCAAAGAAGGCGACAAAGAGAAAGAAAGUUGCAGGGAAGACUGAAGAACCUGACGACGGUCCAAGCAAAAAGAAAAAAGUCCUUCAAAAUAAAGAAGGGGGUGCUGUCAAGACUCCUAAAAGGUCCCAAAGAUCCAGAAAGGUUCCAAGCACUGAAUUAGAGGACGACUCCGAAACCAGACCGCCGGAGAACACGGCGAGCCCUCCCAAAAAACGUAGAGGCAGACCUAAGAAAGCGUCCUCGUAAUGUCCCACGUUUCCUUGAAGCCGCCGUGUACGCACUCCAUCACCAGCCCGUCGUUGUCUUACUCAUGCAGACAUGCUACCGCUUGAUUUUAUUUGGCGUGGGUGAAUUUACAGAAUUUACAUUAAAAUAGCUUUCAUUGAUAUUAGCGUUCUUAGGCACUGGGUGUCUGUAAUUGGAAGGAAUAAAGAAAUCCUGCUUUGA